AUGGCUCCAACCGUCAGCAGCAGCCUGAAACGCAAGCAACGCGACGCCUCCUCCGACGCAGAGAACGAUACCCUCGCCCAGGCAAAGCGCCGCCGUGUCACCUUCGAUCCCAAUGUCGACGUGCAGAUAGUAAUGGAUGUGGAGAAGAGUAUGGAGCUGGUGGCAGAAGAAGUACGGCGGGCAAUCGAAAAGCAUGCAAUAGGCGAGAAGGGCGAAUACGACCAGCUACGGAGUCUGUUCUCAGAGUCUCCGACAGCGCCUGGCACAGUGCAUUCUGCACUUCUUCAGAAAUACGUCAUCGCGCUUACAGAUAUGGUGCCGCUGCUGGACCACACCUGUAAAGGGCUUGUGCAUGCAAUAAUCGAUUGCAGCUGGAUUGCCCGCAAUGAGAACUUUGUGCGCACAUAUCGCAGCCUGCUACGGUCGCUGCUCUCAGUGCAUCCUGCAUACAUGUCGACAGUCCUGCAAAUGCUCGUUUCAAUGUUCCUCAAACCGCCUUCCACCGCCGCACGACAACAAGACGAUCCUGCCAUUCAGCCGUCGCGCCUUACACAACGAACACACGAAUGCCUCAGGUCUAUCCUGCGACAAAGCCCCAUGGCGAGCACCUACCUCUCACCGAUCAUCGGUGGCACAUUCCCCUACCCCGAUGACACAGCGAAGGUGCAUACACGGUACAUCAAGAACAUACUGCAGGUUUCAGAAUACUGCACAGAGUUGAAGGGAGAGAUCUUGUCACUUGUGACCGACAAGAUCGUCAAGAUUGAUGUUCAGAUCCAAGUAGAUAUGGACGACCUGGAGGACGACGAGGAAGAGCUCGUAGGGCGAGCGAUCAACGACGCAGAAGAGGAGGACAUGAGCGACAACGAGUCUGUCUCAAGCGAAGAGAGCCUAGAGCCCGAGGACCGCCGAAAACGACAAAUCCAAGAAAACGUCAACAAGCUCGACGCAGUAAUGGACCUCCUCUUCUCGCACUACGACUCCGUCUUCGCCAAAAACGACCUCUUCGACAGCGACGAGCUCUUUGAAUCCCUCCUCUCCCAAUUCGCCGCUACCAUCCUCCCCACCUACCGCUCGCGCCACGUCCAAUUCCUGCUCUUCCACUUCAGCCAGACCUCCGCCGACCUCACCGAACGCUUCGCAGGCUGCUGUUCACACCUCGCCUUCGACCAGCUACGCCCCCACAUCCUCCGUGUCGCCGCUGCCGCAUACCUCGCCUCCUUCAUCGCGCGCGGCGCCCACGUCUCCGGCGCCGUCGUCCGCGACGUCUUCGACCUUCUAUGCCACCACCUGGAACGCCUGCGUAUACAACAAGAGCCCGGCUGCAAAGGGCCCGAUCUGCGGCGGUACGGCACAUAUUACGCCAUCUCGCAGGCGCUGCUGUACACAUUCUGUUUCCGGUGGCGCGACCUGAUCGUCACUCCUGACGGGCACACACCCACAGACGAAGACAUCAUCUACCACGAAGGCGAUUUCACGUGGUACAAUUCCGUCCAAGAUAUCAUCCGGCGCAACAUAUUCUCUGCCUUAAACCCUUUGAGGAUCUGUGCGCCGAGCAUUGUCGGCCAGUUUGCGCGCAUGGCGCACCACCUGCGCUUUUUGUACGUGUACCCACUCAUCGAGACGAACAAACGAGUCAGACUGGCGAGGAGUAUGGCGGGCGGGUACUUGGGUGGCAUUGGGGGCAGGGAAACGGCGCUGAGUCAGAAGAGGGGCGAUGACAUGUUUUUGCUGGACGCGUAUUUUCCGUUCGAUCCGUAUGUGCUGCCGAGGAGUAAGCGGUGGAUUGAGCAUGAUUAUGUGCAGUGGAAACCGGUGCCGGGGAUGCCGGUGGAGAGGGACGAGGAGGAGUCUGACGAAGAGGAAGAAGAUGAUGAUGACGAGGAGUCGGAUUCCGAGGCAGAGCCUGAUGUCGUAGGGGACACACCUGAAGACCUCGAUGACCAGAGUACGGAAGCAAGCUUGUGA